UGGGACAGCACUAUGGAGGAGGUGGAGGUGUUCCUGGGCUUGUUCCUGGUGUUCCUGUAUGUUUAUGUGCAGCAGAGCAGACUGAAGCGCAGUAACGAGGCGAUCCGGAGGCGGCGGGUCCGGAGCGAGAGGGAGGAACGCGCGUACCUGCGCGCGCUCACGCAGUACACGCUGUACCGGCGAGCACGCGCGCUUAAACUCUUUCGGGUGCUGCAGUCCAUCAGGCGCCCCCCGGUGGCGUGGACCCGCCGGCGCUCCACAGACUGGUGGGAUCGGUGCGUUCCUCGCUUCUCGCUCAGCCAGUGGCUCGAGAACUUCCGGAUGUCGGAACAGACCUACCUGCACCUCUGCAACCGUCUCCGUCCUGCCAUGGAGAAGGAGGACACGCAGUUCCGCUGCUGUGUCCCUCACCGCAAAAGAGUCGCCAUCGCCCUGUGGAAGCUGGGCACCAACGCCGAGUACAGGACCAUCUCCCGUCUCUUCGGGGUGGGUAUAACCACCGUGUGGCGCUGCACUAAGGAGUUCUGUAUAGCCGUGGCUGAUGUCCUGCAGCGUGAGGUCAUCGCCGUACCCUCCGCGCAGGGCUUUGCGGAGCUGGCAGAGGAGUUUGAGAGAACGUGGGGGGUACCGCAGUGCGUUGGCACCAUUGGAAGGGUGCACAUUCCUAUAACCGUGCCCAGAGAGUACCAGGAUGAGUACAUCAAUCAGAGCGGCUGGCACUCCGUUCUCCUGCAGGCCGUGGUCGGUGGAAGGGCGUGGUUUUGGGAUGUCAGCGCCGGGCGCCCGGGCGGCCUAGACGAUGCCAGCGCUCUGCGUCUGUCCCCGUUGUGGCGGCUCAUGAACAGCGCUGAGAUGUUUCCCUCACAGAGCAGGACCAUCGGAGGAGAGGAGGUGGGAUAUUUUAUAAUCGGAGACGCCUCGUACCCGGCUCAGUCGUGGCUGGUGACGCCGUUUACUGACGCCGACGGUGGCGGCGGGUUGAGCGAACAGCAGCUGAUCUUCAACGCCAGGAUCAGCGGGGUGAAGGGGGCGGUGGAUACUGCGUUUAGCAGACUGAGGGGGCGCUGGCGGUGCCUCCUGAAGCGGAAUAACUGCGAUGUGGAGUUCGCCACGCAGAUGGUGGUGGCGUGCUGCGUUCUACACAACCUGUGUGAGGGGCGCGGUGAGGAGUACGUCUCGGACUGGUCCGACGCUCCGGUACCGGAUCAGCCUGAGGCGGAACCUGCGGCGCUGGAGACUUCAGACACCAGUCGUGUACGUGAUGGACUCGCGCGACAUUUCUGCCACAGCAGCGAGUUUAAAUAAAGACGUGACGUUAUUUAGUUUGAUGCUCGAGGGUCCAGGUUCAGUAAAUAAACAGUUCUAUGCUGG